AUGGCUCCACCGUCCGAACCUCAUCGCUGCCGUCACAACAACCACAACCACAUCUCCUCCUUCUUCCAAUCCACCGCUUCCAAUUUCCUCUCUCUCUUCAACCAACACAACCCUCCACCUUCACCUCUACCUCAACUACCCUCCGCAGUCUCCCUCCCUCUCUUCUUCGCGCCACCGCUCUCCACUGUGACGUUCGAAUCCACCUCCGACUCAACACGCUCUUCCGCCAAAUCGGUUAGAGUUUCGAGGCUCAAUUCCAAUGUCAAAGGUGGUGGUGGUCCCGCUUUUGUUGGUCAGGUUUUCAGCAUGUGUGACCUCUCUGGAACUGGUUUCAUGGCUGUUUCUACUCACUUUGAUAUUCCUUUCAUCACUAAAAGAACCCCAGAGUGGCUGAAAAAAAUGUUUGCAGCAAUCACCAAGAGUGAGAGAAAUGGCCCUGUAUUUCGCUUUUUUAUUGAUCUAGGAGAUGCAGUUUCAUAUGUCAAAAAACUCAAUAUUCCAAGUGGCGUGGUGGGUGCCUGCCGUCUUGAUUUGGCAUAUGAGCAUUUCAAGGAAAAGCCUCACUUAUUCCAAUUUGUUCCAAACGAGAAGCAGGUCAAGGCAGCUAAUAAACUUCUGAAGACCAUCCCACACAAUAUCGCUGGGGAAAAGGUCGAUGGGGUGCCUGUAUUUAGUGCUCAGAAUUUGGAUAUUGCAAUAGCAACUACUGAUGGAAUUAAAUGGUAUACUCCCUACUUCUUUGAUAAAAACAUGCUUGAUAACAUUCUUGAAGAAGCUGUUGAUCAACAUUUCCAUACAUUAAUCCAAACUCGGCACAUUCAGCGGCGGCGAGAUGUAGUUGAUGACAACUUGGCAGCAGAAGUGAUCGAGGAAAUUGGAGAUAGUUUAGGGGAGCCUCCAGAGGUUCAAGAAAUGCUUGAUGAAAUGGGUCAUCCUAGUAUACCACUAAGUGUUAUUUCUAAAGCUGCAGAACUCCAGUUCCAUUAUACUGUUGACAAAGUGCUCUUGGGUAAUAGGUGGUUGCGGAAAGCAACAGGCAUACAACCAAACUUUCCAUAUAUGGUUGACUCAUUCGAAAGAAGAAGUGAAGUCUCUUUUCUGAGAGUUACAGAGUCAAGCAGCUGCCCCGAUAACUCUAAAUUGGAAGAUGAUGCUAAACAAACUGGGUGUACAGACUCUUCUGAAUAUAGUUUGGAUGACAGCACUGAAAAAGUAGGGUUAUCAAGAAAAGGUGUAAAUAAAGAAUAUUUGAAACAAAAUACCUUUCUUCCAAAAAUUACAAUGGUUGGUCUCUCUACAGAAGAAGCGGGCCAGAUGAGCAAGGCUAGUUUGAAAAAAACAAUGGAUGAUUUGACGAAAGAGUUGGAGAGGACAGAACUAGAUAAUAUAACUGAUGGUGGUAGUAAUGAGUACAAAUUAGAAGAUGAUAGGGAUCCACUAUUUGUAGCUAAUGUGGGUGAUUAUUAUUCUAGUGUUGGAAGGACACGAACUCCUCGUUGGAUUCGAGGAGGGUCAAACUAA